ACUGCAGUGAAAUAUAAUAAAAACGAUUUAAAUUUUUGAAUAAGAAACAUAAAUAAUAAAUAAUUACUUAAAUAUUCUAACUGAGCGAAAGUGAUACGAAAUGAAAUUAAUUCUUCUGGGAUUACUUGCGGCAAUUGCCGUAACUGAAGGUCAGAUCGCAAAGAAUACAUGCAAGCAAGCCGGUUACUUUGCAUUCGUUGAUAAUAUGCCAGCCUUUUAUGGCUGCUAUCUCAAUGAAGAUGGUAGUUUCACCAUUAAAUAUCUGACAUGUUCAAGUGGAUACGUUUUCAACCAAGAAGCCGGUUCUUGUGUGCUGAAGAAUGCCGAAGUUUCCUCAAGUACAACCGCACAGCCCGUUGAAAGUACUACUACUUCAACUACAGUGACCACCAAAGCGCCUGAAACUACUAAAAAUCCAGAAACCACAGGAGAACCUAAAACUAGUACCAGUGAAAAACCAAGCACCAGCGAAGAAUCUACUACCCGUGAAGAACCUAGUACCAGUGUAGAACCCAACACAAGUGAAAAACCUACUACAACUGAGGAGUCUAGUACCAGCGAAGAGCCUACCACCAGGAGGGAGCCUACUACAAGUGAGGAACCUAAUACCAGUGAAGAGCCAAACACUACCAAAGAACCUACUACAACUGAGGAACCUAGUAGCACUGCGGAACCUAGUACCAGUGUAAAACCUAGCACUAGUGAAGAACCUACUAUAACUGAGGAGUCUAGUACCAGCGAAGAGCCUACCACCAGAAGGGAGCCUACUACAAGUGAAGAACCCAGCACUAGUGAAAAACCAACUACCACUGAAGAACCAAGUACCAGUGAUGAAUCUACUACAAGUGAAGAGCCUAGUACCAGCGAUGAAUCUACAACCAGUGAAGAAUCUACUACCACUGAAGAACCAAGUACCAGUGAUGAAUCUACCACAAAUGAAGAGCCUAGUACUAGCGAUGAAUCUACAACCAGUGAAAAACCUACUACAACUGAGGAGCCUAGUACCAGUGAUGAAUCUACUACAAGUGAAGAGCCUAGUACCAGCGAUGAAUCUACAAUCAGUGAAAAACCAACUACCACUGAAGAACCAAGCACCAGUGAUGAAUCUACUACAAGUGAAGAGCCUAGUACCAGCGAUGAAUCUACAACCAGUGAAGAACCAACUACCACUGAAGAACCAAGUACCACUGAUGAAUCUACUACAAAUGAAGAGUCUAGUACUAGCGAUGAAUCCACAACCAGUGAAGAACCCAGAACCAGUGAAGAACCAACUACCACUGAAGAACCAAGUACCACUGAUGAAUCUACUACAAGUGAAGAGCCUAGUACUAGCGAUGAAUCCACAACCAGUGAAGAACCCAGAACCAGUGAAGAACCAACUACCACUGAAGAACCAAGUACCACUGAUGAAUCUACUACAAGUGAAGAGCCUAGUACUAGCGAUGAAUCCACAACCAGUGAAGAGCCCAGAACCAGUGAAGAACCAACUACCACUGAAGAAACAAGUACCAGUGAUGAAUCUACUACAAAUGAAGAGCCUAGUACUAGCGAUGAAUCCACAACCAGUGAAGAACCCAGAACCAGUGAAGAACCAACUACCACUGAAGAACCAAGUACCACUGAUGAAUCUACUACAAGUGAAGAGCCUAGUACUAGCGAUGAAUCCACAACCAGUGAAGAACCCAGAACCAGUGAAGAACCAACUACCACUGAAGAACCAAGUACCACUGAUGAAUCUACUAUAAGUGAAGAGCCUAGUACCAGCGAUGAAUCUACAGCCAGUGAGGAAUCCAGUACCAGUGAAGAACCAAGCACUAGCGAAAAACCUACUACAACUGAGGAGCCUGGUACCAGUGAUGAAUCUACUACAAGUGAAGAGCCUAGUACCAGCGAUGAAUCUACAACCAGUGAAGAACCAACUACCACUGAAGAACCAAGUACCAGUGAUGAAUCUACUACAAAUGAAGAGCCUAGUACCAGCGAUGAAUCUACAACGAGUGAAGAACCAACUACAACUGAGGAGCCUAGUACCAGUGAUGAAUCUACUACAAAUGAAGAGUCUAGUACUAGCGAUGAAUCCACAACCAGUGAAGAACCCAGAACCAGUGAAGAACCAACUACCACUGAAGAACCAAGUACCACUGAUGAAUCUACUACAAGUGAAGAGCCUAGUACUAGCGAUGAAUCCACAACCAGUGAAGAGCCCAGAACCAGUGAAGAACCAACUACCACUGCAGAAACAAGUACCAGUGAUGAAUCUACUACAAAUGAAGAGCCUAGUACUAGCGAUGAAUCCACAACCAGUGAAGAACCCAGAACCAGUGAAGAACCAACUACCACUGAAGAACCAAGUACCACUGAUGAAUCUACUAUAAGUGAAGAGCCUAGUACCAGCGAUGAAUCUACAGCCAGUGAGGAAUCCAGUACCAGUGAAGAACCAAGCACUAGCGAGAAACCUACUACAACUGAGGAGCCUAGUACCAGUGAUGAAUCUACUACAAAUGAAGAGCCUAGUACCAGCGAUGAAUCUACAGCCAGUGAGGAAUCCAGUACCAGUGAAGAACCAAGCACUAGCGAAAAACCUACUACAACUGAGGAGCCUGGUACCAGUGAUGAAUCUACUACAAGUGAAGAGCCUAGUACCAGCGAUGAAUCUACAACCAGUGAAGAACCAACUACCACUGAAGAACCAAGUACCAGUGAUGAAUCUACUACAAAUGAAGAGCCUAGUACCAGCGAUGAAUCUACAACGAGUGAAGAACCAACUACAACUGAGGAGCCUAGUACCAGUGAUGAAUCUACUACAAAUGAAGAGUCUAGUACUAGCGAUGAAUCCACAACCAGUGAAGAACCCAGAACCAGUGAAGAACCAACUACCACUGAAGAACCAAGUACCACUGAUGAAUCUACUACAAGUGAAGAGCCUAGUACUAGCGAUGAAUCCACAACCAGUGAAGAGCCCAGAACCAGUGAAGAACCAACUACCACUGCAGAAACAAGUACCAGUGAUGAAUCUACUACAAAUGAAGAGCCUAGUACUAGCGAUGAAUCCACAACCAGUGAAGAACCCAGAACCAGUGAAGAACCAACUACCACUGAAGAACCAAGUACCACUGAUGAAUCUACUACAAGUGAAGAGCCUAGUACUAGCGAUGAAUCCACAACCAGUGAAGAACCCAGAACCAGUGAAGAACCAACUACCACUGAAGAACCAAGUACCACUGAUGAAUCUACUAUAAGUGAAGAGCCUAGUACCAGCGAUGAAUCUACAGCCAGUGAGGAAUCCAGUACCAGUGAAGAACCAAGCACUAGCGAGAAACCUACUACAACUGAGGAGCCUAGUACCAGUGAUGAAUCUACUACAAAUGAAGAGCCUAGUACCAGCGAUGAAUCUACAGCCAGUGAGGAAUCCAGUACCAGUGAAGAACCAAGCACUAGCGAAAAACCUACUACAACUGAGGAGCCUAGUACCAGUGAUGAAUCUACUACCAGUGAAGAGCCUAGUACCAGCGAUGAAUCUACAACCAGUGAGGAAUACAGUACUAGUGAAGAACCAAGGACAAGCGAAAAACCUCCUAAAACUACCAGUGAUGAACCUGCUACAAGUGAAGAACGAAGUACCACUGAAGAAUCUUCAACAAGUGAAAAUCUAAGCACUAGCGAAGAAUUUACUACAACUGAGGGGCCUAGUAGCAGUGAGGAGCCAAGAACUAGUGAAGAAUCUGCUAUAACUGAGGAGCCUAGUACCAGCCAAGCACCAAAGAGCAGCGAAGAACCUACUACAAGUCAUGCAUCUAGUACAAGUCAAGAGCUGAGCACCACCGAAGAACCUCGUACCACUGAGAAAUCUACUCCAAGUGAUGCGCCCAGCACUACUGUAGAACCAAGCACCACAAACGAUCCUGCUACUAGUGAAAAAUCAACCCAUAGUGAGAAUCCGGUAACCCCUGAGAAACCUGCUACUACUGAGAAAUUGAGUACCACUGCCAUAUCGGAUACGAGCAUAGCGCCAACUACACCUACACCAAGACCAUCAUUUAAAUGCCCUUAUGAGGGAUUCUUCCCGCGUCCCAAUGCUUGCAAGAAAUUCUCUUACUGUACAAUGCAUAGGGGCCAACUAAGGCAGUUUAAACUAGAAUGCCCUCGUGGUCAAAAAUUCAACAAAGAAAACCUUUAUUGUGAUCCCGAAUCCCAUUGCAUUGAAAACGAUUACUCAUCUGAAGAGGAGCAUCGCAAAUCAUUUGAAUGCAGAGUAGAGGGCACUUAUCCUCAUCAGAAUGAUUGUACCAAAUAUUAUACAUGCGAAUGGAGCAGCCAACAUCGCACCUUCAUGCAAACGCCCAGUGUUUGCCCGAGCGGUAAAGUCUAUCUCCUCGAUACUCGAGCGUGCGGUAGAGAGGGCUUCCUGACAUGCCUGCAUCGUCCGAUUGGUUCAAAGCACCACAGUUAUUAGGAAUCAGAACAUUUCUAAAAAACUUACCGAAUCCAAGCGCGUCCAUUUUCGGUGUAUUAUAUUUAUUUCACAUGUAAAAUAAAAAGCAUUUUAUUAAUUUAAGGUUUUUAUGAUAAGACUAAACGAAUACUUUUUA